CUUUACACAUGAAUAUAGAAAUUGUUGGUCAUGGACAUAUUGCCAAAGCCAAACGGGAUUUCUCGACGCAUUACUUUUCGAGAGAAACAUCAAGCUGUCACCUGGUCCCAAAUGAAUCCUAUCACUCAUCCCAUCAACGCAAAAAAUGAGGGUAUUCAUGAAUUGCAACAACAAGUUGCCGCCAUACGGAACAUAUUCCCAGGUCCGCCCACGGAAGUAUGUCCAAUAGUUCUAGUUCCUGGAUUUAACGGAUGGGGGACGGCCCUUCCUGGGAACAGUGAACUACUUUGGCGGCUUUGAAAGCUUGCCGUUGUUUCUGUCUCAGCUGGGC